AUAAAAAACUAUACAAUAGAUACUUGAUUAAUUAUUUGAAAGUCUUUUAAAUAAAUUACAUACUAAUUACUGUAUUUAUUUAUUUACUUAUCCAAGUAAUCCCUUAAAAGCUCCACCGCAAAGAUCAGAUCAAAAUCAUUUUCAACGGCUGAGAUGUACUAAAAAUUUGAGCAGUGGAGAGGGACAAAAUGGUCAAUCUGCAGAAAAUAUCAAAUAUUGAGCCAGCUAGGGUUUUGUUGUCCCGUUGGCGUUUUAGCAGGUUUUGGUUGAGAGUAUAUAAAAAGCUUAGAUCAGCACAUUGCACAUAUUCAUACUCACGCCAAAAAGACUGCACGGCCCGUCGCGCUGCAUCACUCAUCGAGUCAUCGUCUAUUCUCAAUUCCAUAAAUCCUCUGAUCAUUUGAUCAUCUGAAUCUCUAGCGUUUUCCGUUUGUGUUUCUCUAUUUUUCGAUACAAUUUCUGUGUCGAUGCUUUGAUCAUUUCGUGAUCUGAUUAGAGACGCCUGCAGCGCCGCCAAAACUGUUUGCUGGUGUGCGUUUUCUCUGUGCUUUCGUAUUAGCUUGGAUUGCAGCAACUAGUUCCCUGGUUCAUGGUAUGGAUCUGAAAGUAGAUAAGAAAGCAGAUUUGGAGGGGAAACAUCACGACAGUUCUACAUCGAAGAGUUGCAGCGAUUGUCACACAACUAGAACCCCUCUGUGGCGAGGCGGUCCAUCUGGACCCAAGUCAUUAUGCAAUGCGUGUGGGAUCAAAUACAACAAAAAGAGGAGGCAACUGUUGGGACUUGAUACAGGAAAAAGCAACAAGAAAAAGAAGCGAACGAGCGUCGAUCGGAGCGAUGCAGUGCGAGAGAUUUUGAAAAUGCGACUUACAGCUUUGGGAAGUGAAAUCGUGUUGCAGAGAUCGGGGAAACUGAUGAGUAAGUUGCGAGAGGAAGAGCAGGCGGCGAUAUUGUUAAUGGCGCUGUCUUGUGCUUAAACCAGCAGUACCUCAAGCUGAUCUCAUUGUACCUCAACUUUUCUGACUAUUCAAAAACAAUAUUGUCUAACCAAAAUUGUAAUGCCUGCCUGCAAAGGACUGAUUUAGCUUUCCGAUCACUAAAUUCACUGUAGGGAUGCUUUUGUAGCAGGACUUUUAUUCCUUCCUUCAUUUUUGCUUUGACUGUGCAGUUGCAGUAACAUUCUGUUGGCGAAAUGAUACUCAUAAAAA